ACUCCAAUUACUAUCGCUGAGUUAGAAAAAAACUAUUCGAGUAUUCCUUGGUUAGAAUAUUUUAACAAAAUUCUUGAACCUUAUGCCAAAGUGGACAAAAAUGAGACAAUAUAUGUGUAUUAUCCGAAAUUUUUAUCAAAUUUUGAAAACCUUAUGAAUACAACUUCAAAAAGAACGCAAUCAAAUUUCAUUAUAUGGCGAGUUAUUUUUGAUUCAGUUUCAUUUUUAUCAGAAGAAAUAAAUAAAAAACGCAUAGACUUUUUAUCAUCAGCGAAUGGUAACACAAAACGACAGCCUAGAUCCAAUGAGUGUUUGAAUGCAAUAUCUCACUAUUUGCCACUUGCUAUUGGCUCAUUAUAUAUCAAAAAGUAUUUUAAUGAAGAUGCAAAAAAUAAUGUCACCGAAAUGGUCAAUGCUAUCAUUAAUCAGUUCAAAAAAACUCUAGAAACUGUCGAUUGGAUGGACGAAGUAACUAGAAAACAUGCUUUGAAAAAAGCUGAUUCCAUGGUAACUGAUAUUGCCUACAACGAUGGACUUUUGGAUGAGAAAAAAAUAGAAACAAUUUAUGAAAAUUUUGAAUUUGAUAUAAACGAUUCAUAUUUGCAAACCAUAUUGAAUUUAGGCUCAUACAUGAAUGAAAUAAAUCGUGAAAAAUUUCGAACGCAUUUCAAUAAAAGUGACUGGGUGUUAUAUUUAAAUCCAACGGCUGUUAAUGCGUUUAAUUUAUUUCAUUAUAAUAUUAUUCAAUUUCCUGCUGCUAUUCUUCAAGGAUCAUUUUUCAACAACGAUCGUCCGCGAUAUAUAAAUUAUGGAGCUGUUGGUUUUUUAAUAGGCCAUGAAAUCACUCAUGGUUUUGAUACCAUAGGAAAAAGAUUUUACGAAGAUGGUAAUUUAUUAAAAUGGUGGGAAGCCUCUACAGAUGAUAAAUUUUGGGACAAAGCUUUGUGCUUUUAUGAGCAGUAUCAAAACUACGUAGUAAAUGAAGUUGGAAUGAAUGUAAAUGGAUUGAAAACAAUCACUGAAAAUAUUGCUGACAAUGGCGGAUUAAAAACGACUUAUCUAGCUUACAAAAGUUGGGCUGAGUCUCAGAACGUCUCAGAACCUCGACUUCCUGGGCUCGAUCAUUAUACACCUACGCAAAUGUUUUGGAUUAGCGCUUCACAUACAUGGUGCACCGCACAACGUCCUGAAGUUUUGAAAAUUCAAAUUAUUUCCGACAAUCAUAGUCCCGCAGAAUUUCGUGUAAUCGGAGCAUUUUCAAAUAUUAAAGAAUUUUCAGAUGAUUUCAAAUGUCCAGUAGGAUCUCCAAUGAAUCCGAGAAGUAAAUGCUCUAUGUGGUAAUUUUUCGAAUUACAAAUGAAAUUUAUUUUUGAUAAUCAUUAAAAUAUUAUAUUUAAAUAAGAAGUCACUAUUUUUGAAAAACCUGAGUGAUGAAGCCUCGUCUUCCCAGAGAAUAUUCGUCAAGAUUUUGACUCUACGGCCAUAUAAAUAAAUAAUAAUAAUAAUUUAUUUUUGUUCCUUUUUCUAAUAAUUGUAUAAUUGUUUAUG